AUACUAAUUAUUGAAAAACAAAUAUUAAUGUAUAAAAAUAUAAGAAUUACAAAGCAGUAAUCGAAAACCGGCUAACAUUAACAACCCCUCAGAAACAAAAACUAGAGGAAGAAAAAUCAUUCCCUAUAAACUAAAGCCAUCAGGCGACCUAUAUGUCCCCGGAAACCAUAAACAAAAGUUACAUGCUAAGAAUCUAAACAAUGCAAAAUCGAUCUAACAAGAUAACAACCUGAAAAUAGCAAAGACCAAUCAGGAGAGAAUGAAUAUAGGAAAAGCAAACAUCACAUUCGACUUUUAUUAAAAGGAAACCAAAGGUGUCACUCACAAGUAAAAACGUAGAGGCACAACUAAGGAAGACGCUGAGAAGAAACUGUUUAACCACAUGACUUCCGAUGACAUGAUGAUAAAUGAGCCGAAGCUCCACAUCCUUUCAAACAAGCUAGAUAUUCUCUACAAAAAUACGUAGCAUAGAACCGGGCCAUGGAGAGAACCGAACCUUUGCAACGAUUCAAGGAUGAGCAAAACUCCAUAAUUAGACAACUUCACGCCAAAGUUAAGUAGACUAGACAAACCGCAAACCAACGGCCUUAGAGACCAGAUAAUCACAUAUGUUAGUCCUAUUCUAGAUUUACCAAAACUGCUUAUUUUAAGCUUAUUUCCUUUAGAUUAUUUUUAGUGUGCACAGAGUUAGAGCUAUUUUUACAUUCUUUUUGCCAUCUUGGGAACUAUUUUCAAGUACAGACAGAAACUACAAAAGGGAAAUAUUCCUCUGGAAUUUUCAGUCGCAAAAAUACGACUGUUUUUUAUUAAUAUAAAUGACAGAAGUGCCCCUCUAAUUCCUAGAACAACUCUUCAAAACUGGUCAGUGGGUCAUCUACCUCUUCCUCUCGUCAGUCGUCACUUCUCACUAUUUCUACAUUGGACUCCACAACCGAACAUCACCAAAAGUCAACAAACCCAAAAACAAAAACAUUAAACCUCAAAUCGAAACAAUGAGAUGUUACAAAGGAUCAUCCAUUCUCGCCACCGGUCAUCACCCAUUUUUCUAUAAACGACCAAUCUCCUCUCUACCCGCUUCUUUCCCUUCUACUGCCCUCUCUUACCCAACCCGAAACCGUUUCUUAUCAACCCGGAUCCAAGCCCGUCUCAUUCACGACGACCCGGUAAAACAAUCGGAGGAUUUGAGCUUCUACGAUCUCCUCGGCGUCACCGAAUCUGUUAGUCUCCCGGAAAUCAAACAGGCGUAUAAACAGCUUGCUCGAAAGUAUCAUCCCGAUGUUUCGCCGCCGGAUCGGGUCGAGGAAUACACAGAUCGGUUUAUUAGGGUUCAAGAAGCUUACGAGACUCUCUCGGAUCCUAGCCGGAGAGUUCUCUACGACAGAGAUUUGUCUAUGGGAUUCUCAUUUUCGUUCUCAGGACGACGCCGGAAUCGAUACCAUGAGGAAGUGGUGGACGAGAAGAGUGAGUGGAAGAAAAAAUGGCAAACUCAGCUCUCAGGGCUAAAGAAAAGAAGCAAUCAAAGAGACAACAACUCAAUGUCUUGGGCUGCUAGAAUGCGCCGUCAACAUCACACGUCUGAAGAUUCUUCUUCUUAACCCACAACCACCAUAUCUCGACUCCUUAAUUUAUAGGUUUUUAAAUGGUUGGUGUGUGAUACCGAAAGCAUAGCAUAAUUAACUACAAAUAUGUAUAUAUGUAUAUAUAAUCCUUUUGUGUGCCUAUAACAAUCUGCCAGCACAUCAUAAACCCUAAUCACUAAAUAAGUUUCUUUUGCUUGUGGUC